AUUGGUGACAAAGAGCCAUAUUCACUGCUGCAUCGAACACAGAUUCCCCUUUUACCAGGCUGGGCUAUGAGCGUUCACAGAAGCCAGGGCAUGACGUUAGAUCGUGUCAUUGUUGACCUGUCCCAUGCUUUUGAAGAAGGCCAGGUAUAUGUCGCCUUAUCUCGGGCGACGAGCCUUCAUGGACUCAAGGUUGUGGGC